GGAGAUGUGUACUAUUCAUCUGACCAUAGCAGAAACAAAAAAACACAAAAAGUGAAAACAGAACACUUUCUGCUGUUCUUCUGAAACUUUAAGGAAAAACUAGAGUACAGAAUUGCUACCAUUGUUCCUGUUGAGAUGACAGAAGGAAGGAGGAAUCUAAAUAGGGAAAUCCCGACGUGUGGAUCCGUGAUCGGCGGGAAGCGGAACAAAUGUGUCAUUUUUCCAGUCAAAUCAAGCAUGGUUGCUGAGUCUAUGGACAGAAGUAACAAGAACUGGAUUGUUCAGACAAAACCAGCAUACGAAAGCGACUUAAUUGUUCGAGUUGGGGAUUUCAGCUUUCACUUGCACAAGCUCCCAAUGGUAGCAAGAAGCAAAUACCUGAAUAGAAUGAUAAUCCAAAACAGUAGCCAUGAAGUGCAAAAGAACAACAGUGUGAGUACCAUAGAACUUGACAAUCUUCCAGGUGGGGCUAUGGCUUUUGAGUUAGUGAUGAAAUUCUGCUAUGGAUGGAAGGUUGAUUUAACUGCUAAAAAUGUUGCUCCUCUUUACUGUGCUGCACAUUUCCUAGAAAUGACUGAUGAUCUUACACAAGGGAAUUUAACUUCCAAAGCAGAAGCCUUCAUGAGCUUUGUAAUAUCAUCAUCAUGGAAUGAUACAUUCAAAGUUCUCAAAAGUUGUGAAUCCAUUUCUCGAUGCGCCAAUCGGCUUCACAUCCCGAAACGUUGUUCUGAAGCAAUUGCUCUUAAGGCUUGUAUGAAUCCAGAGGCGUUCUGUAACAAUGACUAUAAUGUUGAUAAUGUAAAGCUCGAAGUUGUCGCCGACAACUGGUGGUUUGCGGAUGUUUCAGUUCUUAGGAUUGAUCAUUUCAUUGAAGUGAUUGAAUCGGGUAAACGAAGAGGAAUGAGGUCCGAGGUUAUAGGAUCUUGUAUAGCUCAUUGGACAAUGAGAUGGUUUUCUUCUGCAAUGAACGGACUCGAGAAUUCGACGUUGCAGCAUCUCACCAAGUUGAGAUCAGUUACGGUUGAAAGUUUGAUUCGGAUACUUCCGUUCGAGGAAAACUCGGUUACCUCUAGUUUUCUGCUUCAUAUUUUGAAGCUGGGAUCUGUAAUGAAGAUUGACUCUGAAUUGUUAACUAUACUAGAAAGUAGAUUGGCCAUGAUGUUGGAAAAAUGUGACACUUCGGAUUUACUUGUCAAGAACUACGGAGAAGACGAUAGUGUUUACGACGUUGCCAUUGUUACUCGGGUGGUGAAGUCUUAUGCAGCUCACAUAUCAGAUAACUCUCAAUCCAAUCUACUAGUUGUUGGUCGAUUGGUGGACGAUUAUCUUAUGCUUGUUGCACGAGAUCAAAACCUCAGGGCGGAUUGUUUCCAAGUCCUUGUCGAGGCAUUGCCGCAAAACGCUCGGGUUUGUUUCGACAAUAUGUAUCGAGCAAUUGAUAUGUACCUGAAGGCACAUCCUGAGUUAACAGAAGAAGAAAGGACAUGUCUAUGUAGCUCAUUGAAAUACCAUAAACUAUCACAAGCAGCAAGGGAACACAUAAUGAGAAACGAUCGGUUACCAUUGAAAUACACGACGAGUUUUAUUCUUUUGGAACAAGUCAUGACGAGACCUCGAGCCGAAUUUGGAAUGAGUAAUGGUCAAACGAAAGGCCGAGUUGUGAUGGGUGAAAGUAGGGGAGGGUCGAGUUGGAUGAUGAGUUCACAAAAGGAGAUAAGUAUGAUGAAAAGGGAGGUUGAGACAAUGAAAGGGCAGCUCAAUGAUAUGCAGAUGUGCAAGACAAAGCUUGAAGGUCAAGUAAAGAAAGGUUUCAAUUACAAGAAAAACUUUGCUAGUGUGCGGAAAAUUGUCUGUUUAGGGUUCAAUAGUGCUAAGAUGAACAUUGGCUUUGCUUCAUUCUCAACUUGAACAAAUCUGCUGCAUUUUGUAAAAGAAAUUCUUCGUUUUGUCGU